GCCCUUCCUUCCACUUCCCGACCGGCAUAACCAUGAUGCAAGCAAGAAGCGGAUGACAUAAGGGAGGCUGCGAUGAGGUGGAUCUCUUCUGCAUCUAUGCCCCUGGCAUACGUUGUGGUUGUGGCAGGAGCCUUCCAGCGCCCCCUGUCACCCGGGAAGCGACAAUUUCCCUCUCAGAGAGGGCAGCGGCUGAGGCACACACUGUCGAUGGAUGCGGCUGAGCCUGUGGCUGCGGCUGCCAUGGCAGUCGACGGCAGCCUCCUUCCUUCAUUCGUCGCAUGCACCAGGUCGCACGCAACGCGCACAGAAACGCUUCACCGCUGCUGUGGUGUCUUUGAUGAACGCGAUGCAGUUUUCCUGUGAUGAAGGGCUGCGAGGCAGCUUUUGAGCAGAGGUGGCUCGAGGCCGAGGAGAGGGCGCCGAUCGCCAGCAUAAAGGAUUUCGCGGGGUUCAUCCAGUUCUUCCUGCUAAAGGGACAGUACGAUGAAGUCAACGACGCCACCGAGUACGUGUCGAUGUCAGUGUGGAGGGACCGUGAGGCCUUCGAGGCUUUUCCCAAGUCCGAUUACUUCAAGCUGCGGCACGCUGCUGACUCGUCGCUGCCUCCGUCAACUCAUGCUGCCGGGCCAUCUGUGUCGAUCUAUGAGGCUGUGCUCUACGAGCCGAGAGCGGGAAUGACGAUUGAACAGCUCAAGGAAGGUGCCUUUAUUGCCACCAACAGGUCCACACGGGCGUGCCAACUGGCUGACGGUGUCAGGUUCAUGCCAUGGCGACUUGUUCUAGCGUGCAGGUUUGCUGUGGCCGCGGGCAGCCAAGACGCCUUCGAGACGAGAUGGAGAGUGCGUACAGAAAGACACUUGUGCGUGAGUGCACUUGUACAUGUCCCCAUUGCUGCUUUGCAUGCAGACUCGUGACCGCAACCUCCCGUCAUUCCCAGCGUUUCGCAAGUUCAUGCUUCUCCGUCGGGUGCCUCUGCCGCCCGACAUGGGCGUGCCAUCAAACAGCCCCCAUCCGGCGUGCAUCCAGCCCGACGUGACGCACAUCUCGUUCACCGAGUGGCAGUCGGAGGCGGGCUUCGAUGAGUGGCGGAACAGCCAGUCCUUCGCCAAGACCCACAGUGCCGCUGAGGACGCGCAGCCGAAGGGGCCACCGAAGGGUAGGUUUCGUUUACCUCUUCUAAAAUGUGUCUGUGUGCAUCUGUCUGUCUGUUUGCAGGUCCUGUGUCUGGCGAGCUGCGCGGGCCGCCGAAGCCGACCUUUUUCUCUGUGGUUCUGACGGAGGCCAAUUGAUCCAAAGACAGACGUGCACGGCAGGGGCGGCUUCGCACGUAUGUUGUGAUGGCUGUCGUAUGGUGUGGGUGGUGCGGCAUCGCCCUUGUCUGUCUUUAUGAAGUUCAUGAUCCGGGUUAUUUUGGCGUGGUGUGUUGCUGGUCUUCUAUGGUCUUGUGACGUUGGAUGGGCUGGCGGGAAGAGAAAAGAGGACAGACACAGUGGCCUGCCUAAACCGAGAUACAUACAGUGGAUCAAGGAG